AUGAUACUCUGUACUCCAGCUACAAAUUGUUCAGCUGAACGGUUUUUCUCUACACUAAAGAGAGUUAAAAGCUAUUUAAGAUUAACAAUGAAAGAAGAAAGACUAAAUGCAUUAACUGUUCUCAACAUAGAAUCGGAAAUCACAAGAGAAUUAGACUACAAAGAUAUUAUUGAAGAUUUUGCCAAUAAGCAAUCUAGAAAAAAAUUAUAA